UUAACGGAAGUAACGUUAUCAAUAAACAAAACUGAUAAGAUAUCCACAUCACCUAUACAAACAUUGACCACAGUCACAAUGACCACGACAGAGGAAAGAAUGACGACAACAUACGACAAUGGAGGAACUACACAACAAAAUAUUUCAAGGACAGAAGACGAAACGUCGACUGUGCUGUCACCCACAACAACUUUCACUUCUCAGACGACCUCGACGGCAUUAAGAACAACGGAAGCCUAUGUAAUUCCGUGUGGCGUUCACCAACUUUCUUUGGCAAUUCAAAAUGCAACUCUUGCAUGCUCUGGACAGAACCAUACCUGUAACGUAACUUGUAAUACAGGGUUUGUUACAAGUGAUGGAAGAUCGUCUCGGGAGUAUAAAUGUGUGGGUGAAUCGUGGGCACCAAGCAGAGAACUAUGCUUAAGAUAUCAUCAGCCAAUAAGGACAGCUCAGCUUCACUUAGUAUACGAGGCCGAGGAUCAGGUAGCUUCCACGUGUCUUGACGUAUUUCGUAAUACGUCAAAUCAGAACAAAGAACAGUUUCAAAAUUCGAUCGCUGAUAAAUGUGAAGUAUUGAAUAUUAAACGUGACGAUAUCCAAAUAAACAACAUCACCUCAUCGUCUCUUGCCUUUCAGCUCACUAAUGUUCUUUCGGUGGAAUUCUCGGGGAACGAGCCGGACAAUGUGCGACAGGUGUGCCUUAAUACUAUAGAGAUUUUAUAUAAGACCAUCCCUACACUUCUUCAUCCAUUCUCUUCACUUACGUGUACGCUUGGACCAUCAAAUGUCACCAAAGUAUCAGCGAGAAUAGGAAACUCAACAUAUAGAUGUGAUAACAGUACAUACCUUGUCAAACACUUGGAUAAUAUAUAUUGUGUGCCUUGUCCACCUGGAAGGUAUAUGGAAUCAUCGAAAUGUAAAGCAUGUCCAGUUGGUACAUAUCAAUCUCUUCCGGGUCAACUUUCUUGUGACACGUGUAACGGAAACAAGUCAGUAGUAGAUAGAGGCACAGACUGUAUUGAGAUAACAACCUUACCAACAUCAUCGACCACUGAUUUCGAGGGGAAUCUCGGAAAGUCACAAGUUGACGAAUCAACGGGACUUACCAGGACGGAAAUUAUUAUUGUUGCAGUUGUAGCAAUUUUUGGUGUCAUUUUGAUAAUUACAAUUGCAGCAAUAUAUUACUGCAAAAAAUCACAAACGAAAAGACGAACAUCGCACUCCGAUGUUUCAGGUUCAGAUAAAAUGCAGGAUGAUCAGUCAGUAAUAACUAACGAGAAUCUCACAAGAAGUCAGGAAAAACUGAUCCCGGAGAAAGGUGAUUCCAGGCCUGAAUUUGGGACAUACUCGGACAAGAAUAUCGAAAGAUCCACAUUCACAAGUACGAAUGAAACAAAAGCGUUGGAUGUUCUUAAAGACAUAAUAGAUAUUAAUAUUGAUAAUGAAGAGUGUAUUUCUUCAUCGCCUAAUAUGACCAAUAUACAAGUGCGAAAAGGAAAAUGGCGACCUAUUCGUCGUUUGAAUCGUGAAAAUGUUUCUGAUGUGAAUUUUGAGGAAAAGAAAAUUGAAAAGCCUGAACCACUGCAUCGGACAUUGAGUGACUACGACAAUUUCCAAAUCUCAAUGCCAGAAUUUUCUGAUCAAGAAUCGACUUAAUGGAAAGAUAAAAAAGGAUCUUUGUGUGAAGAUUAUCAAAUUCAAGAAGAGCGGAAUCAAAAGUUA